AUGCACAGUUUCUGCAAGGCUUCACUUGAAAUUGUGUAUCGAGCGACGGGGGACCACGGCAAUGCAGAUGCGCUUUCUCGUUUGCCCCUACAGUUGGAUGAACCUAAAGAUGAUGACAACGUAACCUACUACCAAAUGAAGCAAAUAGACGUUGUUCCUGUUACCCAAAAACGAGUUCCUGAGGAGACAUGUAGAGAUCCAGCUCUAAAGGAGGUGAACAAUCGGGUGGUGAUUCCUCAGACACUGAGGGAACUUAUACUGGCAGAAUUACAUACUGCUCACGUGGGGAUUGUUAAGAUGAAAGCAUUGGCACGAAGCUAUGUGUGGUGGCCACACAUUGACACUGACAUCGAGGACUUAGCCCAGAAAUGCAUGGCCUGCAGAAGCGUUAAAAAAUCAUCGAAAAGGCUUCAACAUCCAUGGGAAUAUCCAUCAACCCCAUGGCAAAGGGAACACGUUGAUUUUGCGGGACCGUUUUUUGAAAAAUAUUUUUUGAUUGUGGUCGAUGCACAUUCUAAGUGGCCAGAAAUUUUUCAAAUGAAUAGCAUGAAAGCAGCAAGGACAAUCGAAGUGUUACGUGACCUGUUUGCCCAAUAUGGUCUACCCUUGACAUUGGUCAGUGACAAUGGGCCUACUUUUACCUCGGGGGAGUUUAAGAGAUUCUUAAAAGAAAAUGGUAUCAAUCAUAAGUUCACUGCUCCAUACCAUCCAGCCACUAAUGGUCAAGCUGAACGGUUUGUGCAAAAUAUGAAAGUGGCUCUCCGAAAAAUGAUUAACGACCCAGGUAACAUUGCUUAUAAGCUUUCGAACUAUCUUAUGCGUUACAGAAAGACACCAAACUCUACAACCGGAGUGGCACCCUGUACAUUAUUUCUCCAGCGAGAUAUACGCAUCAGAUUGGAUUUGAUCCGGCCAAACACCAUCGAUAACGUAAAGGAGAAACUACACGGGCCAUAUCCAAGUGGUGUGCAAUAUUACCCGGGAGAUAAGGUUCAAGUAAGAGAGUAUUCUAGCAAGGACAAAAAGUGGGAGUUUGGGAAAAUAGUACGUCAAGACGGACUUUUCCAUUAUUUCAUUGAUGUUCACGGGAAGCUAUGGAGAAGGCAUGUGGUCCAGAUUCAGAAGUGUAACGUGUAUGAAAAACAAGCACCGAAGGAUCCAGAGGUGCAGCUUUCAAACUCUGCUCCUAUGCUUAGCCCCACAUGCGGUGGUCCUACAACAAAUUCGCCGAUACAAACAUCUGGUGAUGAGUUUCAGUCACCUGUGGCGCAAUCACCUAAGCCCAAUAAAUCCUGGAGUGAAGGAGUUGUUCAACCAUCACCAUCAAUCUCGAAGGAAGCAGAUAAUUUUGACAAAGACACUGAAGUAGCACUCACGGUUUGA